AAUAGGAUCGCGGGUGGGCGGAGCCAGCGGGGCAUCUGCUACUAGAAUGAAAGAAACCGCGGCUAGAAGUCCACGCGCCUCACUCUUGUCGCCGUCCACGCAGCUCCGGUUGAUGGAUUACACGCUCAGCGUCCAGGUGCAACAUCAGCUGGAGGUGUUCCCCACACACCUGUGCCAGAGCUACAGUAUGCACUUACAGAUGAAGUCUACAGAAGUGGACCAAGGGCUUUUCACAGACAGCUACUGCAGAGUAUGCAGUGCUCAGCUAAUAUCUGAGUCUCAGCGGAUCGCUCAUUAUGAGAGUCGGAAACACGCCAAUAAAGUGCGCUUGUAUUACAUGCUGCAUCCUGUGGAUGGAGGCUGCCCUGCCAAGAAGCUCAGAACAGAUAAUGGCAGCGAGGAGGGUGACGUGGACAAGAACAAAUGUUGCACGCUGUGUAACAUGUCCUUCACAUCGGCGGUGGUCGCACAGUCACACUACCAGGGGAAGAUCCACGCCAAACGGCUAAAACUGCUCCUGGGGGAGGAGCCGAGCAUCACAAGCAAAGAGGUAUCCCCCAGCCCUCUAAAGAGCUCCCCAGACACAUCUCCCGUAAGCUCCCCACGGCAACGACGUGACUCGGAUCGCUACUGCCAACUUUGCAACGCUUGGUUCAACAACCCGGGCAUGGCUCAACAACAUUAUGAUGGCAAAAAACACAAGAAAAAUGCUGCACGAGCAGACCUGUUGGAGCAACUGGGCGAGACUCUGGACGUGGGGGAGAUGAAAGGUGUGAAACGCAGCUAUACGUGUGAGGUGUGCGGCGUGACCUUGAACUCGGUGGCACAGUACCACGCACAUCUGCAGGGCUCCAAGCACCAAACCAAUAUGAAGAACCAGAUUUGUGUCCAGUGAACACGAACAAACCAACUGGACUGAUGUCAGACAAGCUCCGGUCAGCUUGCCCUGCUUUUUUUCCCCCCCUCUCUGCUCUCUGAGCUAUUUUUAUUAUUAUUUUUUUUUCUGUCCUUCACCGUCUGACCUGGCCUGGAAAAUGAAGGAAAGUGUUUUUUAUGUGAACUAAGAGAGAGCACCACACAGUACAAAAGCAUGGGCACGAUUAUCUUUGCCUGACUGGCCACUUCAAUUGACCUUUGACAUGCCUUUUUCCCCCCCAAUUAAACCAAAUUAAAUAGGUAUUGAAUGAA